AUGGCAUCUAUUUACGCUCUGCCUAGGACUUUAUUUUUUGUCCUCUACUUAAUUGUCCUUAUUAAUGCUAGCCUGCCGCAAGGAAUUCAUACACUUAAACCGAGAGCUGAUAGGGCUGCUAUUUCCAUUAAUUGCACAACCAGUACUACGAGUACUGCAGGUACACCCAUUCUGGGUACAAAGGGCCAUACAAGCACAGAAACAACAAAAACAACAAAUUUUACAACCACCAGCACUAUUCCUAUUACUGCUACGCUGAAUACAACCAGCAUAGCAAAGACAACGCAUUAUAAUACUACUAGUGCUACGGCUCCAUGCACAACAAACCAUACUACUACUCCUCCAAAGACAACUCAUUAUAACACUACCAGUACAACUUUAUGGACAACAAACCAUACCACUGCUCCUCCAAAGACGACGAAGUAUAACACUACCAGUACUACGACUCCAUGGACAACCCACUAUAACACUACGAGCACAACGAGCACAACGUUAUGGACAACGAACCAUACCACCACUCCAAAGACGACGAAUUAUAAUAGCACGACUACUACACCAAGAACAACCUGGACGCCAAAGACAACAAACUAUACCAUCACCACUAUUCCACACACGACCGGCGUUCCAAAAACCACAAAUUAUACCACGACUCCAAAGACCACCAACUCUACUACGACUACUAUACCAAAGACGACAAAUCAUACUACUACCACUCCAAAGACAACCUGGACGCCAAAAACGAACUAUACCACCACUACUAUUCCACCCACAACCAGCAUACCAAACACCACACAUUAUACCACCACCACCACCACCACUACUUCACGAAGAACAACCUGGACGCCAAAAACAACAAAUCAUACUACUACGACCACUACUUCCGUCCCAACGGAACCAGGAGCCUCUGGCCCUACGGAAAUAACCACAAGUCCCGAAGCCGCAACUUCACUCACUCCAGAGGCAGAUACAACUAUAAUUACCACCGAGUACGAAACGGUGACCCGUACGGGGGCUAUGUGCCCGGGGAUAAGCUGUACCAAAACCGAGAUUGUCCCAAUCACCACUUAUGCGACAGUCACGCAGGGAACCACUUGCAACGAACCCCCCUGCACCAAAACGGAGAGCAGCGAGCAGAUGCCCCCGGAGACUACCACAGCAUGGGAAACCGAGUAUGCUUGUCCGACAACGUUAGCGAGUCUUCCAGAGGGGGAGGAAACCCAAUGGAUCACGCAGUACGCGUGGGUGACCGUGUGGGCAACCCAUUCAGUAUGUUCAGAGAAACAGUGAUCUAUUGCCCGGGUAAAAGAGGAUGCAAUGGGGGGAAUUCAUGUUUGAUUUCAUAGUCUAGUUGCGCAGGUUUCCGGUUGAAAUACGAGGGUAAAUGGUAAUGAAGCAGCGCGGGAAGCCCGUUAGGAUUCAGACCCUGUUCGAACAUGCAGUGGAUGAAGAAGACUGGGAAGCGACUGGGAGGAUAUAAAGAUGAUGAGAGGUCGUCAAACUAUGACGGUAGAAGGUUGACCGAAAUGGAUUCAAUUGGUCUAACUAGGAAAUAG